UUGCGGGUCCGGAGACUGAGCGCUCGGCUUGGAGCUGCGCGUCUGACAGUGUGCAUCAGUGAAGCGAGCGGAGCGCUUGUUGGAGUCAACUAGACAGCCUUCUGGCAACGCGUGUUGAUUUCCUUUUUUCCUUUUUUCUUGCUGGAUAUAGGCUUCUGCGCCUCAGUUUGCUGCGGCACAAUAUUAAAUGAAUGUACAGAAGGACCUGGCACCGUUUCAUCCCACUGGCUUUGGGCUGCAUUUUCAACGGAUUUUCCUGUUUGUGUUUCAUGGACUAAUAUCUGGGAUCCCGGCUUUCCAAGUGAGAUCCGAGGGAAUUCAUUAGUAAGUGAAAGCUUGAAGAUUCUGCGGAAAGACUCAUCCUGGUGGAAUAGGACGGGAUUCAGGACUUGAGUGGUGUGAGAAAGACGCACAACUGCACCCCUCUUACAGGCAAAGAAAUCAGGACUUGGGCUGUUUAAUAUUUUUUAUUUCUCUUUUCAUCAGAUGCGCCUUUUAUCACUCUACCAGUCGAAGGAAGAUGCGAUGUAAUCACCGCCUCUUCAGAUUUUAACCAUCAGUGUGGUGAAACCCAGACUUUCUGAGCGCCAUCACUUCAUCUGCACGGAAGAUUAAGAUUUUUGUGGACUUGCUCACAGGAUUUCUCAUUCUGACUCUAAGCAGUCCUCCUUUUCCCCUUUCAGCUCACUUUGGAAAUGGACAGUUCAUCGCAUGAGUCAUGUGUGAGACCGGUCUGCUGCCUGUGAAGAGCUGCCCGGAUUUACUCCGCUAGUUCACAACUGCGAGAAGCAUCAGCAUGUUUCUACCAUCCUGUCGUCCUCAUUGCUUUUCCCGCUGCAGUAGACCGAAGGAUGUGCUGCGCCUCAGAAGAGCCAAAUAAGACGGCACUUGUUUAGAAUACUGAUUCGGAUCAUGAUAUGAUUCUCAUAUAGAAGGAAAAAUCCCACAGCAACACUUUUUAAACGGACAUUUUACUGAGAUGAUUAGUUUGUAUAAUUUCCCUAGUUAUCUUUGACGCGCAUUUUUGUGCGUAAUUAGCCUGAUCUUUAUUCUAGGCGCAGGGGAAACAAAGAAGAAAAACUCAACAGGUACGACGCAAACGACGGAGAUGGAAUUAAUACAAUUAACUGCUCUGCUCCUCUUAUUUUGGGUCGGGACUGAGGCUGUGAUCAACCUGAAAUAUGGAAUAAACGAGGAGAUGAAGCCCGGGUCGGUGAUUGGAAAUGUGACAAAGGACGCACUAAAGCAAGGAUUUCAAAUUGCACCGCAGCCCCCUUAUUUGAGGGUUAUUUCCAAUUCGGAACCACGGUGGGUGGAACUGAGCCCAGCCGGAAUCCUUACAACCCAGAUGAAAAUAGAUCGGGAUGUGGUUUGCAGACAAAACCCAAAGUGCAUUAUUUCCCUAGAAGUGAUGUCAAACUCCAUGGAGAUCUGCGUCAUUAAAGUUGAAAUCGAGGAUUUGAACGAUAACGCACCGAGGUUCCCAACGAGCCAUAUUGACUUAGAAAUUUCUGAGAAUGCAUCCCCUGGUACCAGGUUUCCCCUAGAGGGGGCAAGUGAUCCGGACUCGGGGAUGUUCGGAGUGCAGUCUUACUCCAUCACCCCAAAUGAGCUUUUCGGACUCGAAAUAAAGACCAGAGGGGAUGGGUCCAAAAUAGCUGAGCUUGUUGUGCAGAAAUCCUUAGACAGAGAGACCCAGUCCCAUUAUACAUAUGAAAUCAGUGCAGAAGAUGGAGGAGACCCUCCAAAGAUAGGUGCGGUUCAGUUAAAUAUCAAAGUCAUUGAUUCUAAUGACAACAACCCUGUUUUUGAUGAGCCUGUCUAUACUGUUAAUGUGAUGGAGAACUCCCCCAUCAAUACAUUAGUCAUAGACCUGAAUGCGACGGAUCCUGAUGAGGGCACUAAUGGGGAGGUUGUGUACUCAUUCAACAGUUACGUCACAGAGAAAACGAGGGAGGCAUUCAAAAUUGAUCCCAGAACCGGGAUCAUCACCGUUAACGGGGUUUUGGAUUAUGAAACCACGCAAAUAUAUGAGAUUGACGUGCAGGCCAAAGAUUUAGGUCCCAACUCCAUCCCGGCUCACUGCAAAGUGACAGUGAACGUGAUGGAUACUAACGACAACCCACCUGUCAUCAGUUUGCUCUCACUGAACACAGAGAUGGUGGAAGUUAGUGAGAACGCGCAGCGUGGCUAUGUCAUCGCGCUGGUGCGAGUGUCGGACAAGGAUUCAGGGGCCAACGGGAAAGUGCAGUGCAGGCUGCAGGGCAACGUUCCGUUCAGGCUGCAAGAAUAUGAGAGCUUCUCUACUAUACUUGUAGAUGGCAGGUUGGACAGAGAGCAGAAGGACACAUACAACCUGACCAUCCAGGCAGAGGACAGCGGCACUCCUCCAUUACGCGUCACUAAGUCGCUGGUGGUUAAAGUCACGGAUGAAAAUGACAACCCGCCCCACUUUCUUAAGCCUCACUAUCAAGAGAUGGUGAUGGAAAACAACCUCCCAGGCUCGUGCCUGCUGGCAGUGUCUGCAGAGGACCCGGACCUGGGGAUGAACGGCACCGUUUCGUACUCCAUAGUCCCCGGCGAGAUUAAGCAUAUGGAUGUAAACACAUAUGUCAGCAUCAACCCAUCAGGGCGCAUUUACUCCAUGAGGUCAUUCGAUCACGAAUACACCAGGACUUUUGAUUUUAAAGUUUUGGCCCGAGACAACGGCAACCCCUCCUUGUCCAGUAACGCCACCGUGCGCAUUGUCGUGCUAGACGUGAAUGACAACACACCUGUUAUGACCAGCCCCCCGCUGGUGAACGGCACCGCGGAGGUGUCCAUCCCCAGAAACGCUGGGGUGGGUUACAUGGUGACCCAGGUGAAAGCUGAUGAUUACGACGAGGGGGAGAACGGCCGGCUGACCUACACCAUCUCCGAGGGGGACAGGGCUUUCUUUGAGAUUGACCAGGUGAACGGGGAGGUGCGCUCCACUAAGAUGUUUGGAGAAAACGCCAAACCCACCUAUGAGAUCACGGUGGUGGCGAGAGACCACGGCAAGCCCUCUCUGUCGGCCUCGGCCUACAUCGUGGUGUACCUCUCCCCUGAUCUGAACGCGCAGGAGACUAUUGGAGCCGUCAACCUGUCCCUCAUCUUCAUCAUCGCGCUGGGUUCUAUCGCAGCCAUCCUGUUCAUCACCAUGAUAUUUGUGGCAGUCAAGUGCAAGAGGGAUAACAAGGAGAUCCGGACGUAUAACUGCAGUUUCUUCUACUUGCGCAGGGUGGCGGAGUACUCAUAUGGCAACCAGAAGAAGUCCAGCAAGAAGAAGAAACUGAGCAAGAACGACAUCCGCCUGGUGCCUCGAGACGUAGAGGAGACAGACAAGAUGAAUGUGGUGAGUUGCUCAUCUCUCACCUCCUCGCUCAACUACUUCGACUACCACCAGCAGAGCCUGCCACUGGGCUGCAGGCGCUCCGAGAGCACCUUCCUCAACGUGGAGAACCAGAACUCACGCAAUGCAGCUCCCAACCACGGCUAUCAGCACCCAUUCACAGGACAGGGUCACCAGCAGCCAGACCUGAUCAUCAACGGCAUGCCACUGCCAGAGACGGAGAAUUAUUCCAUUGAUUCCAGUUAUGUGAACAGCAGAGCCCACCUCAUUAAAAGGCCCCCAUGUAGCACAUCAACAUUCAAGGACCUGGAGGGCAACAGUCUGAAGGACAGUGGGCACGAGGAGAGCGACCAGACAGACAGCGAACAUGAUGUCCAGAGAGGACACUAUGUUGACACGGCUGUCAAUGACAUGCUGAACAUGACUGUCCCCCCUAAUGUUUGCCAGCUGCCAGACCAAGAUCCAAGUGAGGGUUUUCACUGCCAGGAUGAGUGUCGCAUCCUAGGUCACUCUGAUCGCUGUUGGAUGCCUCGCGUUCCUGUCCCAGCACGUGCCAAAUCUCCGGAACAUGGUCGUAAUGUCAUUGCUUUGUCUAUCGAGGCCACCACAGUGGAUGUCCCACAUUAUGAGGAUGGCACAAUCAAGAGGACUUUUGCCACCUUUGGCAAGGAUGGGCCAGAGGAUGUUGAAAGAGGAGAGAUAAAAGGAAAGCGGACUCAGGAGUCUCAGGUGUGCAGCCCUAAAGCCAAUGGAGGGGCUGUACGUGAAGCUGGCAACGGGCGCGAGGCUGCCAGCCCCAUUACUUCUCCUGUGCACCUGAAGAGCCCCGUAUCCAAGCAGUCAUCCGCUUACAAUACACUGAAAUGCCGCGACGCAGAGCGAAUCGCCAACCACAGCCUGCUGCGGCAACCUGAGGGGAAGGACAGUGAGCCGGCUGUCAGGGAGAUCAACACGCUUCUCCAAGAUGGCCGGGACAAGGAAUCUCCCAGCAGCAAGCGCCUGAAGGACAUUGUGCUUUAGCAAGCAUCUCGAUAACACACACCUACACGCAUACAUAGUGUAAACUCACAUAUAUAUAUAUUUACCCCGCAAUAGCUGUGUGUUCACAGGCAAGCUGUGGAAGUGUAGAGACACAGCCAUUUGCAGUACACAAAAUUUAAGAACCAGCUUGGGCCGAAGAUAACGAGCUGUAGAGUGCUGCAGCUAGGCGUGUGCUCAAGCCCCAGUAGUGGAUGUGGCUUUGUUGUAGUUGCGGUACUUUUUUUCCUCGUUUGCUUUUUGUUCAGUUUUCUUUCUUUUCAGUCUGCAGCAAGUGAACAGGCAGGUUACUGUUGACUGCAUGGACACGGCCAGUGGGGCUCUCCAGCCCUCGAGCCAAAGCAGGACACUAAAUGUGUUUGGACACCUGAGGUGCCGAUUCAUACGUACUUAUGCCUUUUGAACUACUUUUGUAUGACAAACUGACAUUUGCCUUCUUUGGUUUUGCAGACUGUUUUAGCUGCCAAAAUCACUCCUUGUUCCUUUGUAUAGUGAGCUCUGACACUGUAAUAAACACAGAUGCACACACACAUUCACUCCUUCAGCAAUUUGCUGUGCAUUAAGAAGAAGGGAUCAAAGGCCCUUCUGUCCUUUUUGCCCAUCUCCCUGACUAAUAAGAGACACCGUUACCCAAGGACAUCAAGCAGCAUCAGACUGGGUCCUUAAAGUAUUUAUAUUUUAUCACGGAAGGAGCUUAAUGAACUUCUGCAAUCUCCAAAACCACUCUGAACACUGGAAGUGGGACAGCCAGACCUUUGUGUUUGAAAUGAGCUGUGUGAAAACAGACUUGCUACUUUUGAAAUAUCCGUUGCCCAACCUUGAUUGUAGCGAGUGGAGCACAACUUUAGAGCUAUGUGCUUUGGUCUUGUACUUUUUUGACUUUUGACUAUGGGGCUAGGAUAGAAGGGAUCGUCACUCAUGUCUUGCUCUGUGAAACCCUCUAUAGGGUUUAUUAUUAUCAUUUUUAAUAACCUGUUGUUAUGUGACAAUCCCUUUGUUUUGUUUCAAAAGGAAAAAAAAACAAAUAAACAUUGGUGUUCAACUGAAGCUAUGGUAGCGUUUGUUACACAAACACAAAAAUAAAAAAAAUAUAAGCCAAAAUAUAUUUUAUAAAUAAUUUAAAAUGUAUAAUGAGAAUAUUUAAUGCUGUGUAGUUAUUUUAUGAGUAAGUUAUACUUGAAAUUAACUUGCUUUGGUUCAUUUGUCAUUUGCUUUUAUAUUGAACAUGAUUUUAAUUUCUUUAGCUUUUUUUUAAAAUUAAUUGUUAUUUUUUUAUUAUUCUUUUGCUUUGUUUACUGUGUGAUCCCUGGCAACCGUUGACUUGCAGUCUACCUUGUUGUAAAGAGUUUCUUAUUGGUCAGUUCUUGUGCCAUCCAGUUUCUGUGUGGGCUAAUAGAAAAUGUAAAAGGACAAAAAAAAUAAAACAAAAAAACAAACAAAUAAAAAAAAAUCAUCACAAAAAAAGCAAUUUCAGCACCAACAUUAGUGUGUCAGUUCAAGAGCUUAGAGUGAGAUAGCAAAAGAAACCAAAAAAGAUGUACCGGUAAACAAAACUGUACUGAUCGGAGGGGAUGUUCCUUAAUCAUGUGUCUCAGGAGCAGAAAGAACAGCUUCCAGAGUUCUUCCGGCUUUGACAGGUUUCCACCUAUAUGACAGCUUUUGUUCUGGACUUCUUUUCCAGCUGCAGCCGAGGGCCUUCUGACACACAAACUAGCUUUGCUCAGCAUUGCUAUCACCAUGUGCCAUCUGUGUUCAUCUGAUCUUAAAAGCAAGGUUUAGACCACAGUGGUAGAAACAGGGCUCUCCCCUCCCACGAGCACCACACUACAGACUGGGUGGAAUCGUGUUUGAACAAGCGAAGGUGUUCCAAGAACCGUGUUGCACAUCAGCAGUGGGGUUUGAUGUUGCUUUACAGUACACAGUAUGUAUAAUGUGGAAGUAUAUGAAUGGAAAUGGAUAGAUUGCAUACAACAAACUAGAUCUUGUAGCUGAAUGUUUUGCUGGUCUCACCCAUGGCUUCUGGCAACAUAAAAAUCGGAAUAAUCACUGAAUGUAUACAGCAGCUUAUGAUUAAACUAUUAAAUGUU